AUAUCACAUACUUUGCUACUUCUUAUAUAUCAGUAUGCACUUUGACAGACACAACUGAGCUCUCUAUAGACACCAUAAAGAAUACAACCAAAAACACCAACACUCCUGUAGAAGCAAACACAACUACAUCUACUCUGGUCACAAUUAGUACAGUCACUACUAGCAAUCUUACUGCUAGCCAUAUAGAAAAACUAUUUUAG